AGGUGAAGAAGCAGCAGCAAUUUGUGUACGUGUGUGUUUUGGAUAGCCACUAAGCUCUAGCUACGUGGUGAUUAUCGUGCGUGCCACCGUAUUCGAAAUCCUCGCAAGCAAUCCAAGCGAUUCCCAUUGCCCAAAUGCAUUUAACAGAUUUCACAGCAGCCUUGCUGCUCGCACUCCUCAGCUGCAGCAGCGCACAACGAGUGGCGCCCGGCGUUAAUCCUCAGCAUUAUCAACAAGUGCCCCAGCAAGUGCCACAACAUCACCAACAGCCGCCACCGCCACCACAAUACCAACAGCAACAACAAAUUCAUAGCGCGCCUGGCGUUCCACAACAACAAUAUCAGCAGCAAGUGCAAUAUCAGCAGGUUCCCGUGCAACAGCAGCAGCAGGUGCCACAGAUGCAACAGCAACAUAUUCCCCAACAGCAAGUGCCACAACAGCAACAUCCACAGCAAGUGCAGCAUCAGCAACAUCAGCAACAUCAUGGAGGCGGACAUCACCAUGGACAGCCGCAGCAGGUGCUAAACACAGGCAACAUUCAGCAGGAGCGCGCUCACAUCCAGGAGCACAUGCAGGUGCCCAUCGAUACGAGCAAAAUGUCCGAGGCUGAAUUGCAGUUCCAUUACUUCAAAAUGCACGAUUCGGAUAACAACAAUAAAUUGGAUGGCUGUGAGCUCAUCAAAUCUCUAAUCCACUGGCACGAGCAAGGCAGCAAAGAGCAGCCAAACGGCGAGAAGCCGCAUGUGGAGGAGAAAGUGUUCUCAGACGAGGAGCUUGUUGCUCUCAUCGAUCCCAUACUGCAGAUGGAUGAUACAUCGCGAGACGGUUUCAUUGACUAUCCGGAAUUCAUCAAGGCUCAGCAGAAGGCUGCCGAGAAGAUGCAACAACAGCAGCAACAUCCAGAUCCAGCGCAGCAACAACAACAGCAGCAUCAGCAACAGCAGCAUCAGCAGCCACAUCAUUAGUCUAUAGUUCGAUAAAUCAAUCAGUUUGCAUUAUUACUAUAUAUAUUCCAAUCAAGCAUAGUUCUGUCAACAUCACUGUCCUUGGUCCGCAUUCGUGCCCCCACAAACACACAACAUACAACACAUACAUGCCACAUGCCACACUCGCAAAUUCCAGCGCAAAUUGUAAUAUAUACUAUAUUUCCAAGAACAAUUUUCGAUAAUGCUACAAGCAUUCCAAAAAAUCGGGCAACUACUUUUGAACAAAUUGUAAUAAUUUCUUCUUCGAAUAGCACACGACGACGAAUCUCUUCUCUUUGUGAUCUGUGCAAUGAAAAUGUUAGUUUGUUUUUUUUUAUUAUUGUUUUUUGCCUUCUUCUUCUCAUAAUUAUUAGUUUCUUCUACGAUUUAUAUAGUUAUUUAUAAGCGUCACUUCAAAUUCAGCAAAC